UUUCCGGGAAAAAUGAAAUGAUAAUAAGAACCAUAAGUAUUAAGUUUCUUGACAGAGACUAAAAUCUCCAUAUGAACUCUAUGAUAAGACAAGAUAAGACAAGUUUCUUGACAAUAGUUUUAGUUUCGUUUUAGUAGCUGAUAUAGGUCGGCCAAGACGUUUACCGUAUGUAAGAAGAAAAGGAAAUGACAGAAUCGCGGGAAGAAAAACCAUCAAAUUUAAAAAUUUUUCGAAAACAGAAGGAUGCUCUUGAAUUUGCUUUGACAGAUAAGAAAUUUUUGGUUUUCACAAAUGAACUUAAUAAAGAUGGAAAACGUGAAUAUUUGGUAACCGAUCCUUUUACUAUGUGGAAAAUACAUAAGAGUAAACCAAUAGUUAAACGAAAUUCCCAUGAAUUGAUUCGUGAAGGGACACCUUGCAAAAUUUAUUUUGAUUUGGAAUUUAAACAAAAAUAUAAUCCUAAUUCUGAUGGAAAUAAAAUGGUGAAAAUAUUUAUUCAGUUUGUUUGCUGGGCAUUGAAGAGUGUGCAUAAUAUAUCAUGUGACAUUUCUAAUGUUUUGUGGCUUUCUUCAAGCUCAAAUGAAAAGUUUAGUGCUCAUCUUAUAUUCCAAUUAGAUGAAUUUGCAUAUGAAAAUAAUGUUCAAUUAGGAUACUUUGUGAAUUACAUUUGUAAUGAACUAGAAAACCCAACACAACCUAAUGAAAUUGAAAUGGUCAAGAAGCCUUCAAAAGAGGAAUUGAAUAUGCUUUUUGUUAAAAAUGAGAAAGAAAAUAUAACAUUAUUUUGUGAUAAAGGACCUGUUUGCCAUUACCAGCAUUCAAAUUAUCCACAAAUUGAUCACUUUAUUAAAGAUUUAAUUUCUAAUAAUGGUAAAGGAUAUAUAUAUAAAAUUGAUUUCUACCAAAAUUCCAUUCUUGAAUAUUCUACAUGCAAUUAUAGAUACUGCAAAAAUAUUGGUAGGGAACAUAAAAGUAAUAAUGUCAUAAUAGUUGUAUCUCUAAAGAAGAGAGUGUAUUUUCAAAAAUGUUAUGAUCCAGAAUGCAGACAGAGUAAUUACAAGUCUAAAGGUAAUUGA